GAGCAGCUAGUGUGCGCGUGUGCAAGUGUUUCAGUGUACUUCACCCUAAACGGCCCCCCAUAAGCAGUUGCUGAGUUGGUGCUCAUGCUGUGAAGCCCCGAACAUGCCCGCUUUUGCCUGCUUCCCGAGUUAACCCGCCCUCUGUCUACACAGCGACUCAGGCCAAACCCUUUCACCGCGGACAGGCGCUGCUUGGCGGACUCGGAUGAGAAACUGAGCCGCGAUGGAGUGGGUCAUGUCUCCGGCGGAGGAGCAGAGCCGCGCAAACGACAACCCAAAUCUCUCUACGCACUCACAACAACUACACGAGGCCAGUGCAGAGAGCAUGGCAUCUCUCUGCGAGAGCCAGCAGCGGUGUGUGAAGGCCUCUAUCGUGUCCAGCUGGCAGCUGGUGGAGGCGCAGGACCAGCUGUGUGGUCUAGAGCUGCAUGGCUCUGAGUCAGCCGAACAGGCCCGAGCCCGGGCCUUGGCCUCCUCCACACACCUGUCUCAGACUGAGGAGGAGUGGAGGAGGAAGGAAAGCAUGCUGGGAGGCCUGGAGUCUCGAUGGAGCCCUGUGCCUGGGGCAGAGACUGGUCACAGUGGAUUCGACAAGAGUAUCAUAAGCGAUUCCCAAUCAAAGGGGAAUGAACCAGAUUAUGACAAGAGUUUAACAUUCGUCCAGCGUCAUGAGCAACACCUGAAACAUUUUGGCAUGCUGCGGAGAUGGGACGAUAGUCAGCGUUUUCUAGCGCAGUUUCCCCACCUCAUCUGUGAGGAAACGGCCAACUACCUGAUUUUAUGGUGCUUCCGCCUUCAUGCUGAAAAAAAAGAGGCUCUGAUGGAGCAGGUGGCUCACCAGGCCGUUGCCAUGCAAUUUAUCCUGGAGAUGGCCCGCAAUGUGCAGCAGGACCCACGUGGCUGCUUCCGUCAGUUCUUCCAGAAAGCCAAAGCAGGGCAGGAGGGAUAUUUGGACGUCUUCCACACUGAGCUUGAGGCCUUCAAACAGAGAGUGAGGGAGUAUGCAGUGAAGUCUAAACUGGACACCCCAAAAGCUCCUGAGCAGCACUACACUCCGUCCAGCUGCCGCCUGGACCCCAAAGAGGUUCUGGAGUCUCUGCCUCCUGAGCUGAAGGCGUGUAUCCAGUCGCAAGACAUGCACAUUCUCCAGAACGUUCUUAGCACCAUGAAUCCACAGGUGGCAGAGUAUCAUAUAAAGCGGUGCUUGGAGGCGGGGCUAUGGACGCAUAUUGGAAGAGGCCCAAAAGAGGAGGGCUCAGAAACAGAAGAGUUCAGAAUGAUGGAGCUUUCCUAGCAUGCCUGGCUUAUACACUAAACCUUUCUCUCUUUGGCUGUGUUCAGGCUUUGGACUGCAUUAAGGUGACACUGCUGAGUUUGAUGCAGUCUCCAGCAGAAGCUACAUUCUAACAGGUCAUCAAAUCUGGACCUUGAAUCCAGUUUCUGGUCCUGAAUUUUGUAACCAGUUUUGUAACCAACUGAUGGGCCACCUAGUGUCAUGACUACUACAAACGAAAGAACUGGAAAGUGGAUUCAAGGUCCAAAUUUGAAGACCUCUACAGUGUGUAUUCUCCUGCUAAAUGUUGCUCGAAGAUCAGCAGUCUCCUUGUGAUGGAUCAGAUGUUAGAAUUUGGCCUCAUUUUCCUUGUUUGGAAGUUUACAUCCUAGGAGAACAACAGAGAAGAAGAUGGAGGAAAACAAAAAAGGGCUGCGCUCAGAGACUUUUGGGGGAUUUUUCUUUGUUUUUUUGUUUUUGUCUCACGCCUGAAUGUGUGCUGCACUUUAUAUUUGUUUAUGAUAAAAAGGAUAUAUAGAAAAAAGAACAAAGACAGGAAGAGGUAUUUUUUUGGUGCGCAUUUUGUUACAUUUCUGUUGACACAAGCACUGAUGGGAAGUUUUACUUCUUUUUUUCUUCAUUUUUCUAAUCAUGCUUUGUGUCACUCUCUAUCAGUAAGCAUGAGGAUGUUAAAGGCAAGUUUCAGCACCAAGCAAAGCGGAUUGGAGGGAGACAGAGGCUCAGACACUGUCUGGGGGGGGGAGGCCUCUGCUUCCCUUGCGAGCCUAAACUUUUCAACUUGACUUUUUUAAACCACAGUUCCAAAACAAAACACUGUGUCUGAACUGAUUCUCCUUUUGACGUAUAACAUAGUACAUGGUGUAUAAAUGUCAUUAAUCAGCUCCUGAAGUGUUUCAUCAAGGGAACAUCUGGGCUAGAUUCAGAGAGUCAAAUUGAAUUGAUAUCUGAUAUUAGUGAUGCACCAACACCGGAGCCAAUACUGUCACUUAAAUACAGUAUCGUUAUCGGCAUUGACAAUAGAGACUACUGAUACCAUUAAGCAGUUUCUGAUAAGCACAUGCACUAAUGUAUAGCAGUAUUGAACAAAUAAGUACAGAUAACACAAUGUACAAACAGCGCAAGACACACAUUAUUUCAUUUAGCUGAACAGCUGAGUAAGGGUUCUUUCAGGAAUCAUUUGUCUUCUGCUGUGUAGUCACUUGCAGUCUGAGUUAAUGUUAGUCUGUUUUUUUUAUUAAGGGAGUGAACGUUAGAGAGAUAAGGAAUGAACUACCAGUAUCCCGGAAUAACAGUAGCCUUUAGCCAAGGACAGAGGUGUCCAGAGUCCAGUCCCAGCAAAUGCGUGUGCUUUAUAUGUCAAGAGACUGUAAUAAAGUUAAUAUCAAUAGAUGUGAAACAAAGCAUGGACGUUCCAAUAUAUAUAGAAGAGGGCAGAGAAACUAAAGCACCUGCAAGCUACCACGGUCUCACAGCACCAGGUUUUUUAUCAGAACAUAUCCAGUAGUUCUGUAAAUUUUAUCCCUUUAAGGACAAAUAAUAGCGUGGCUGUUUAUGCUUUUCAAUCUGGUUUUCUCCUUAAAUAAAGUGAUUUCUGAAUGCUGUAGCUGCAUUCGUUUGAUAUGUAGAAAACAUUGUCUAACAAAGCCAAAAAUAUAUAGAUUAUAUAAAAUUAUGUAUUAUAGUUUUGAACAAGUAAACACCUAAAUAGGAAUAUUAUUGUUACUCUUAAUUAUUUGUUAGUAGCACUUACCAAUCCAAAUUGCUCUGUGUAAUCCACCAAUAAAAGAAGCCUGGUGCUCGCAUCAAGCCAAGGAUCCAUGGCUUAACAGCUACUGAUAGCAUGAAUGACUAAUAUUUACCAAAUUCCAACAGUGUGUAAUGCUCAUAGUUGUAAGUACAAGUGUAUAGGACGUACUGGAUUUAAGAAAUUUGGACAGGAAACAACCUUUAGCAUUGUUUUUGCUGGGCCCCUUAGAAAAAUGGGUUUUCUUAAGCAAAUAAAAUGGUUUAGUUGAAAAAGAAAUAGAUAAAUAUAUAUAUUAUACAUGUACAUAUGAUUUGUAUAAGCUCAGUAUGUUCUGUUUGUGACACGGAACACUGCUUUUACCAAAAUAAAGUAUUUAAAAAACUGAAGGGUAUAAAUGUCAGGAUCUUAAGGCACUUACCAAGUAGUUAGGUUAGAUAGAGUGAGAACUGCUUUGUAUAGGCAGAUACUUAAAGGAUCAGGUAUUGUUAUCGGUAUUGGUGCAUCACUAUCUGAAAUCCUCUUGACAUUAGACACAGCAUGUCUAAACCUACCGUAAAUGUCAAGCAAGGAUCUGUUUCAGAUGUCACCACAUCAUCCAAGGGUGUUAGUUUGCAGUGAUCCCACAUUUAAUUCUAGCUGCUGUGUAGGCCUCAGCCCAGGCCUAAAACCGCUGAGUCAUUGCAGAGCAUGAACUGAGUUGAUUACAGUUUCUGAUCUCACUUGUGCAGAAACAACAUACUCAUUAUCUAUUCCAUGCUAAAGGUGCAGGAAGAAAACUCCCUACACGCUUAAAAAAGAUGGUUCUUCCAGGGUUUUUUAGUAAAGAAAAUGGUUAUAUAUAGAACCAUGAACACUCCAAGAAUUCUUUGCGUGAUUAAAGGGUUCUUUGCAUCAUGAAAGGGUGCUUAAGAAUGUGCUUUUUAAAAAGGGUUCUAAAUAGCACCCAAAAAGGUUCUUCUAUUAUGAUGUCAGGCACAUUCUCCAUCAAUCUGAAGAACCCUUGUAUUAUGCAGAGGGUUCUCUGAGUAUUCAUAGUUCUUUAUAGAACCUUUUGCUUUAUUAAAAGAACCCUUGAAGAACCAUCCUUUUUAAGAGUGAAGUUGGUGUAUACUUUACAGCAUACUUUGUUCAGCAUUAGAACCAUGAUUUUAGACCUAUGCAAAUCAGAGCCAUGGGCCAGUGCACAGCGUUAUAAACACCAGCCAUUUUAGGAAGCAUUUAACAUUGACCAUUAAUUCCAGCAAAAUGGACCACCUUCUCCACCAUUUCACAGUACGCUGUCUGCCACAGAUCCAGGACCUUACACCUGAAGAACAGCAUGAAUGCUUCAUCACAGUUCAAAACAUGCCGAGAACGUUUGCGUUCAUGCUAACACAGGAAACAGAAAGUCAUGCAGGAAACUAGUCAAGCAGGACUGAAAAUAACAGUUUCCUCCUGCUUCUUUCUGACCUUUUGUCACCUUGGAUUGUCUGGCAAGCAACCUUCAGACUGCAAGACUGUGCUACUUGGUUGUCAUUAUUCUUGCCAAACAAUAAAGAUUUCAUUUUUAUUUAAGAGCUGUAGAUUUGAGCUUUGACCCAGAGGAUGUUGACCGCAGAAUGCAUUCUUAUUUAGCAGUUACAGCUACUGUUGGUGUUGUAGCGCAAUUAAAGAAUGAAGUAACAGUGAUGAGUUGUAUCUCAAAUGGCUCCCUACUCCCUAUUUCAGAGGUCUUUGAGUUUAGACCUUGAAUCCAGUCAGUCCGGUCUUGAAUUUUGUAAUCAUUGGUAGUUAACGGAACUCUUGACAUAACUGAUUGGCCACCCUCUGUCAUACCUACCAGUAAUUAAAAAAUCCAGGUGCUGACACUGGAUUUAAGGUCCAGAUAAAAGACUUCUGCCCCGUAUGGUGCACUCCAUAGGUCACUUUUUCAAACCUGGUUCUGGAGGCCCACUGCCAUACACUUUGUAGUGUUUUCCUUGCUCCCAACACACAUGAUCCAACUAAUCAGCUCGUUAUCAGCCCAUGAUUGAGUUGAAGCUGCUGUGUUAAGGCAGGCAAUGCACUAAAAUGUGCAGGACAGUGGGCCUUCAGGACCAGGGUUGAGAAACACUGCAAUAUGUCAUGAAAUGAUUCAGCAACUCCUUUCUGUCCACUGUGGAGCCUUUUGGGAUUCAGCUGUUGCCUUAAAUUGAAGAGCAGUGUAAUUUCUGUAAGGACUGCUACUUUAAGAAAUCCCAGUCUUGUGGACAGUGCCGCAUAAUAUUCUUAGGCCUUGGUAAUUAGUUGAUUUGGAUGAGGUGUGAGUUGCCUAAGUUAAAAGUAUUUUUUUAAACAUUUUUUGCUUAAUUUAGUCCAUAAGAUGUAAGCAAAGUCAUUCUGAGUGGUUUGGUGCAAAGUGGUGCAUUGUGAAGAAAUCUACCAAGUCAAAAAGGUGGUGGUGACAGAAACCAAGGGCCAUAUUAUAGAAACUUCAGCCCUAAGAUAAGAUCUGACAAGGUCAAGAUAAAAAAAAAUCAUACUACAGAAGCAAAUCCUAUGUUUAUUUAGGUUUUAUAUGUUGUUUUACAGCGUCGUCCCUCAUAUUAGGAAAUCCUAAGCAACUCAGUGGCGGUCAAGAUCAAUUGUGAUGUCUAUUACCAAGUGAUCGAUGAUAUAACUGAGACAUCAAAAAACAUCAAAGUAAACAAAAACGUUAGUUAUAGUAUAGAAAGCUACUGUGUGCAAAAAGUGGGUAAACAAAACUGAAGUGCAAUGAAUUGGAAGUUGCAUAGUAGCCUUGAUUGUGACUGUGCCCCCUGCACCCAUUUCAUUUUGCUUCCAUUUAAAGGGCCAUAUCAUGGGCAACUGAAUUUUCCUCACAGUUUAGGAAUAAAGAGUUUGUAGUAUGUAAACAUUGUUAAAGUUCCAAAAUGUACAGAUCAUCAACCCAUACAUGAAAACUAAGCUGCAAAAAAGCCUGUGCUGAGGUUUUCAUGAUGUCAUGAAAACCAACACGUUUAUAUGAAUAUAUUCAGCCCACAGCAGUUUAGCCCACCCACUCACAAUAAAGUUAUAAGGAGUGUUCCAGUCCAGAUUGCUUUUUGAACAAGACAAAAUACAGGGCAGCCAGUCAUAUCAGAAGCUCUUUUAUCAGCCUUAAAUGCACAACAGAGACAGCCUGUUUAAUCCUAGGUGAUAAAGAGAGGUUGGAAAAUAGACAUGUAAAAAUGAAUUAUGACUGUUUUUUGUACAUAGAACCACUCAAAUAUCAUCACUCAUGGCAGGGAUUUUUUAACUGCAGAGUUUAAAAAAAUCACUCAAUUGAGUGUAAUUACUUCUGUAAUACUAUUUUCUAACCAGAAGUUAAGAUAAUAAACUUAUGAAAUGUUC